AUGCAAACUUUAAGUUUACCUCGGGCUAUUGUGGGGUUCAUAAUUGAUAUAUACUUGAUUAUAAUACCGUUGAUUGCGGUCAGUAAGUUAAAACCAACGCCGAGAAAGAAAAUUGGCGUGGGGUUGAUAUUCGCUACGGGAUUCAUUGCUACUAUUGGAUCAAUUCUGAGUAUCAUUUAUCGAUUGAGAAUUGACAAUAAUGAUGAUGUAUUAUGGAAUCUUUCAGGUGUUGCACUUGUUAGUCUGCUUGAAAUCCUUCUCGGCAUCUUCAUAGCUUGCACAAUAGAUAUCUCAAGAUUCAUCUGCAUGUAUAGAGGGAGAUUCAAAGACAUAAGAUGCUCGUUGUUAUCCUGUUCUGGUUGUAGAAAUAUGAUGAAGACUAGAAAGAUACGAAAAUUGACAAAGCCGAUAGAUAAUAAUUCCAAGGAAAGUGUUCGGGAGGAUGAAAAUAAGCAUGAGAAACCUAUUAAACUGUAUCCUGGGCUCGAUAUUUCGGAAACACCUCCUGGGUCUGCUUCUAGUAAUGUAGAGACGUCUAGACCGUCGAACGGCAACGAGAUGCCACUACGAGUAGUUUUGGCACCGGGGUUUUGGGUACGAGGUUCUUUUUGUAGUAUAUGA